AUGGCGAGGUCCCAGCGUGGCGGCAGCAGUGGCAGGCGCAGCAGGACCUACUGGAUGUACAGCUGCGGUAGUUGGAACUGGGACUGGCGCUCCACGUGUCUCAGCUGUGGGUAUGCCGCACCGCCCUGGGCGCUGGAAUCACCCCGCGGCAAGGCGAAGCCCGAGGCAGACAAGGACGGCUGGGUGGACCAGCCUCGGGGGCGUCGGGCCCAGCGGCAGGCCCGCAGCGCAGCGUCGCGCACGGCAUCCACCAAGUCGCAGACCUCGGCUUCAGCGGCGAGUGGGACGCCCAGCAACGGAGGAGGCACGGCGAUCGAGAGGCUGCAGGCAACUGUCGAGCGGCUCGAGGCGCUGCUGGCUGGGCCACCCGACGGCGUCGACAGCUGCUUCACGGACGUCGUGGCCAACCAGCUGGAGGCGAAGAGGGCAGAGUUGGCCAGCGCCCAGAAGGAGGCAGCGGAGCAGAAGGUCCAGCUGCAGAAGGCUCAGGACGAGCUCGCGGCGCUCGACGGCGAGGUGGAGGAGGCCAGUAGGGCGCUCCAGGUCCUCGAAGAAGCAGCCCGCGAAGAGGCGGAGGAGCGGCGGCGCCAGCGCGCAGCCGAUUGGGCUGGAGCCAGCCAUGUGCCAGGGCUCCUCACGCAGCUGGACAAGCUGCCAGAGUCCUGGGGCUCCAGCAACUUCGAGGUGGCAUGGGCGGCCAUACGCGCCCAGGUGGAGGCGGUGCGGGCGCAGCUCGCGGUGCCCCCGCCAGCCCCCGAGAGUCCUGCCCCAUGGACGAGAUCAGCAGCGACGAUGGCGAGCUCGCAGGCGGCAGCGUGCCCUGGCCGCCGCAGGCCGCAGUGGAACGUGGCCAAGCCGAGCGGCACGACAGCGCGCACGGCGAGUGGCCGCAAGUGUCCCAGGCAUGCAAGAAGGAGCUGGUCGCUGAAGCAGCGGACCUGGCCCCUCUGGCUGCUCGCCCUGCUGGCCACGCAGCUGGGAGCAGCAACGGAGGAGUGCAGCCAGGGCAGGCGAGUGCCUAGCAGGGCCAGUGCGGCGGGGCAGCGCAUACGCGCGAGCAGCGGCGCCGAGGAGGAGGCGCUGCCCCAGCCCCUGGGCGCCCGCGCUGCCAUGCCGGUCUUCUUUCCCCAGUCGGACGGAGGAGUCCGACCAACAGUGAACGGCCCACGGCUCAUGCGCAUCUGGGGCAGCCCGAGGCAGCCUGUCGGCGCGCUGUGGGAGGCGGAACACGAUCACCGCGUCUUUUGGGACAAGAUGGACCGCAAGUUUGACAAGGCAAGCUGGCUGCGCAGCGCCUGUGCCGCCUUUGUGCGAGUGAGGGGGUUUGCCUCCGCCAGCCUCUGCCUGGACAUCACCAAGCCCUACGAGAACCUACGGCACGCCUUCCUGCGGCGGUGCGGAGUCGAGCAUGGCUUCGACCCGUGGGCACUUCGAGGUAUGCACGUGCUCCACCAGGCGGGCGCUGGGAGUAUGUACAUGGGUGCCGAGUACGAGCCCCUGGAGCCGUGCGCCGUGCGCGCGGGCCGCCCCCGUGCCGCGGGAGUGGGGCUGGACCCGUUCCACAAGGAUGGGCCUGCGGCCAGCGCGGCGUGGAGUCGCUCGGGGCACGCGGGAACACGGCAGGCCAUGCAGAAGCACCACCACGCGCAGGCGGACAUCGUGCAGGAGCUCGGGCGCUGGAGCUGUCGGGCCGCAAGCAUCUGGCACGGCAUCGCGGCCAAGGAUUGCGAAGGGCUCCUUCCUGCUGCUGAGCGGCGCCAGGUGCGAGUUGCCACCGCCGAGGAGCCCCAGGCGGCGGAGGAUACCGCUGGCGCUGGGCCGAUAGCCAAGCGGCCACGCCUGGAGAGAGCUCGCUCGACUGGCAGCAGUUCGGCCGCCCUCUCGGCCAGAGCCGUAGCCUUCAGCAUCCUGGGACACGCCCUGCCCUACGCCUGCGCUGGAGAAGGUGAGGACACCCAGGAGCUCGAGGCGUGCUCCACGUGCGGCGCCUACGUGACGCUGGGCGGCCGCUCAGGUGAGAGGCCUCGCCUCAAGGAGCGCUGCCCAGGCGGCAAAGCCGACGAGGCGGGCAGGAACCAGCGCAGCCUGUGGCCACGGGGACUCCAUCCAGGAGGCAGAAUGCAAGAGGGGUCACGAGCUGCCAGGCACAAAGUGAAAGGAUAUGGCAUCCCUGCUCUGCUUUCGCAGGGGCCUGUGCCCGAGCAUGCGCAGGAGCGGCACCUGGAGUGGCUUGGCAUCGCAGCGGAGCCAACAGUCGACUCCUCGGCCGCUGCGAGCAGUGCGGGCAGCGCCCCAGCGGCAGCCGCUGAGCUGAGGUGGCGGACGGACUGGGCGAGGCCCCGCGGUUUCGCCCCCGCGACGAGAGCUGGGCUCCUUGGGGCCCUCGGGAUCGCCGAGGAGGAGCUCGCCGCCGCGGCAAUACUGCAGUCGGCACCCUGGAGGACCGCAGGGUACGCCGCCGCCUGGCGCGCCGUGGCGAUCCGACCGUGA